GACAGUGAUAGUGAAGAUAGAAGAAAAGUGUUUGCCCUAGCGGUCUCUUGGCGUUGUUUACAAGAACCGUGAUGGCGGACAGAAGGGUUCGGUGACCAGUGACACUCUUUCAAUUUCCUCCACUCCCAGAACUCAGGUGAGGCAGGGACCGCCGCCCACCCUUGCGCCCCUCCCUCCUCUACCUCCACCCGCGCACACACGCACGCACACACCUGAAAUAAGAGAGAAAAGCAGAUAUUCAACAAGAAAGGGAAAAGAAGAGAGAGAGAGAGAGAGAGCAAGAGGCACACAGACAGACAGGCAGUGAGAGAGAGAGCGAGAGACAGACAGACAGAGAGAGAGAGAGAGAGCAAAAUGGAGGGUGAUCUGUGCCCCCUUUCUCUGUCACAGCCAGCAGCCACAGACCUGCCUGAUAUUGCUCAGUUUUUAUCUAUUUAUAUGUCUGAGGAAGAGACAUUAGCUCUGCAGGAGGGACGAGUGAGUAGUGUGAUGAGCCACAGUGUAUUCACAGCCACAGAGCAGCCCACACAGCACACAGAAUUGACACCACAGCCAGCACUACCACCACCGCCACCGCCGCCACCACAACAGCAGCAGCAGCAACAACAACAACAACAACAACAACAACAACGGGAUCAUGAUUUCAGUGUCAUGUCUCUGGUCUCUCACAGCCCCAAUGCAGAGCACACUGCUUGGCGCCACCCGCGGCCCACUGCACCGCGUUCACCCAGUGACUCGGCCCCGCGUGUGCACUGUUUAUCGCCUGACGCCUUCACCGUGCCUAAAGUUGUAGAAGAGAGGAAGCGUGUUGUGCUUACACUGAAGCAGCCAAUCAGAUCAGCUGGUCUUUGUUGUGGUAAGAUGUGUGAGUGUAGGCUGGUGAUCGUGGACAUAAUUUCACUUCUAUUCAAGUAUCCGGCAUGUCGGCGGUCCCGUUGAUGCCGGAUAAGAGGGAUUUUACCGCAUAAUGCUUUAACCUAGCAGUCGUCCAUUUAGGGUCUUUUUUGUGUGAUCUUAUUGUCCUAUACGGGAUAUUUCCUGACUGGCCCGUGUGAAAUUUAUCUACGAAAUAUUUAUACAAUUCAUCUACAUUUACCUCACCCAAUCCCCUGAUCUUGACCUCUACCGUCCUCUCCACUCCCUCGUCUACUCGCCUCGACCUCACCUCUCUCAUUUCAGCAUGACCUGACAUUCCAACACAUUCACACCUGUCUCCCCCUUCCUCACUCCUCCGCCCCUUAUGGACACAUCUUGCCUCCUGUUGUCCUGCACCCUCGCGCCUCACCUCGCGUCUCACCCUGCCUUAUCUCUCUGAACUCCGUCCCUGACCUGACCUGACCCUGCAUCCCUUGCCA